AUGGAGCGCUGCGCGUUUAAAGUGAAUUCCACUGUCCCCUUUGUUCUUCCCAUUUCUCUGUUUUACCGGCAGUUCCAGCCCGCUGAGGGGGCAGCAAGCCUAGCGGUGCUGCUGCUGCUGCACGGGAUCCGGUUCUCAUCAGAGACGUGGCUCAAGCUGAACACUCUGGAGCGUCUGGCUGAGGCCGGCUACCGCGCCGUCGCUAUUGAUCUGCCAGGCAAGAUAACCUACAUGGGCAUUCUACAAGAUACCCAGCUGGGGGAGGUCUCUCUCAACAACCUGAAGAAUCUGUCCAAUCACAAGGUGGUUGUGCUGCAGGGGGCGGGGCACCCUUGUUACCUUGACAAACCAGGAGAGUGGCACAGUGCAGUGCUGCAGUUUCUGCAGUCACUGUAACUCCAGAGAGGAAGGCGUCGCUCUUAAAGGGAGACGGUUAGAAGGCUACACAUUUAAAUGAAUAUUUUAAGACAUGAUUAUUAUUAUAUACUCGACAAGACAUUAAGCACAAUAGCCUUUAUGGACCCUAUAAAACCAAUACGCUACAGAAAUCGUCUGGUCAACACAGUAUAUAUAUAUAUAUAUAUAUAUAAUAUAUAUA